AUGCGGUGUCAGUGGGUUCUCCUGAUUGUGGUAGGUGUUCUGUGGAUUGUGAUCAACGGGGUGAUAGGUGUGAAGAAAAAGGUAUUAGAUAAAGACUUGCAGAGAGAGACAAAGCCUAAAGGACCUGUUGCAAGGGGUAAACUUAUUGAAAUCAACAACUUUACAAUCGUCACAGGCGCUAAUCACAAGUAUUUUUCCCCGGCUCUCGUUAACCACGUCGGGUCAUUCUGUUUCUGGGAACCAACUCUCAAAAUCGUGGUGUGGGACCUCGGUUUGACCGCCAAAGAGGUGGAGACUGUAAAAAGCUGGUCCAGCGUGACGUAUAGGAGGUUCCCCUUUGAAAGGUACCCCCCUCACUUUCGCAACCUGCACACGUACGCCUUCAAACCGGUCAUUAUUAAACAAAUGGUCGAUGAACUCGAGGCAGUGCUUUGGGUGGACGCCGGCAGCCACAUUAGUGGAAGAAUGAAAGAAAUAAUAAUUUCUCUCUUUCAAAAAGAUGGUUAUGUUUAUUCCGGCUUACGUGGAAAUGGUGCGGUGACAAAAGUAGCUCAUCCUGGAAUGUUCACAUAUUUCAACAUCACAAUAGGACCCUACGUUGGAAAGGGGUCUAUCAGUGGGAAUUUAAACGGCUGGCUUAGACAAGGGGAUAUCUAUGAGGAAAUACUGGUUCCAUGGGUCAACAUGAUCAUUCUAGUGGGAAAAAAUAUUGGAAACAUUUUAUAUGACGUAAUCUUGGUGAGAUGA